CCCUGGGGGAUUUAUGGAGUUUUGAUUCUUGCUUCUGCUGCUAAAUAAUGAAUAUCACCUACACCCACAGCCAGCUCCAUCCCUGCAGACUCUAGAAUAAAGGCGCCCAAUCAGCGGGGACUAGGAGGGAGGGACAAGAGCUGUGCCUUUUGUUACUUAUACUGGCAAGAGAAAGAGGGAGUACCAAUAGAUCGGGGAGUCCUGGUCAGGUAAAAGGCCAAAAGGGAACCUUGACGUCACUCACUGUGACACUGUUGCUUACGUGACGUCAGGAUUACGUGCAGUUUUGCCUUUCACAUCUGAGUUGUUUAAACUGCUCAGCUGCUGUCUCCUGAAAGAAAUCGGCAAGGACGUGACGUCACACAAUGAGGAGCUGCCGUGACGCCAUAAGAUAGCGAGGUCCUCACAGGUGAUUAAAUUGGCUGCAACACGUGGCAGCGGCGACUCGGGACUGGCUGGAGCGGCUGAAGAUGGGGCGUGGAGUUGCGGUUGUGCUCGGUGUCCUGUGCUUUUUCCUCGGCUCUCGGGUCACAGGAGAAAUUUAUAACACGGAACAGGUUACCAUACAGUCACCCAAGCCAGUAACAACAAGCCCUGGCAUUCUUGGUACUGUGCCCACUUCGACAGAGGAUUUCAAAGCUGUCCAAGAUGAAACAUGGAGACCCAGCCUCUCAGGGCAUACGGAUACCACUAUCCAACCUCUGAGCCAAGAAACCAUCUCGGUGACAGAACAGCAUGUAUCAUUGGCUGAUAUCAUAUUCCCAAACAAAAUGCCAGAAGCUGAGAAUUCAGCAGCCAAUGGAAAUAUUUCUGAAAGUUUCACAGUGCAUGCCAAUCCUGCAUUUGAUCCUAGUAGGACACUCUUUGCACAAGACAGUAUGGAGAGAGAGGUAACAAGUGCAUAUCCUACCCAGUCUGAACUGGUAAGCCAGUCAACAGUGUCCACAAGUACACUGGAAAUAACAGAUGCUGAAGACAGCCUUACCAGAAGAAAUUCUCUAACCAGUUCUCAUGGUCUACCAGCAAUAAUGUCUCAGGACAGCACUCCGCAUUCCACAGACACUACACAGGUUCCUCAUACAAUCACUGCAUCUUUAACCAGCUGGAUGGCAGCUAUCACCACCAGCAUUUCCAUAAUAACAACCUCAAAUCCUAGCAAUCCAGCCAGAACAAGCUCCUUACCCACUCAUACUACUAGAGUGGAAGUACAGAAGGGGCCUGCAGUGCUAAAUGUUGGAGAUGGUGAAAAAGAUGUACCAAGUUACUACUCAAAGAAUAACUCAAACCCCCUCUUUGUGAUGAUUGUGUCCAUAUUUACAAUCAUGGUUGUCACAGUUGCAGUCAUGGUUGGCUUUCAGCGUUACCGGCGUAACAACAGACGGACAGAAUUCCGACGGUUACAGGACCUUCCAAUGGAGGACAUGAUGGAAGAUACACCAUUGUCACUAUACAGCUACUAGUGAAGAGUCGGUAACCACGUUGAGCUUCAUUUUGCACAUGUUUUUUUUUUUGCAACCACAGGGAAAUUCUGGGACAAAAAUAAUCUGAAUGCUGAUUAAUAAACUGUCCCCCCCCCCAGUUCUUGUUUUGUUCCCACUGCACUUUUAGCUUUACAGGGUACUUUGGUGAUGGCACCAUGAUAAUAUGACCAAAUGAAAUAUAUUGUAUUUCACUCAUUAAAUCAGAAAUGUGAUGA